AUGGGAAAGGCUCAUUAUCUGCCACAUCAUCCCGUCGUUAGGAACGACAAGAAGACCACAAAGGUCCGGGUGGUAUUCGACGCAUCGGCGAAGACUUGUCAGGGGCCAAGCCUGAAUGAGUGUUUGUACUCAGGUCCAGCAAUGACCGAAAACAUUCUGGACAUUAUCAUCAGAUUCCGGCACCAUCGGGUGGCAGUAGUUGGUGAUAUUGAGAAGGCAUUUCUCAUGGUCGAGCUUGCUGAGUCCGACCGCAACGCCGUCCGGUUUCUGUGGGUGGACGACCCGUUCAGCGAAUCACCACAAGUGUUGACGUACCGCUUCACGAGAGUGGUUUUCGGUCUGACAUGCAGUCCCUUCUUGCUGAACGCUACGCUCCGCCAUCAUAUCAACCUGUACGCCGAUGAUCCCGACUUCGUAGCCUCGUUCCUUGAGAACACCUACGUUGAUGAUCUGAUCAACGGAGCUGAUGAUGAUGAUACGGCCUAUCUGCUGUACAGCAAGAUGAAGAGUCGCCUGGCAGUCGGUGGAUUCAAUGCAAGAAAGUUCCAGUCAAACUCAACGGCUCUCAUUGCGCGUAUUGAUGAAAAUGAACGGUCGCUACAAUCGCUAACACCACCAGCAGUCGAGCAAGCAGCUGAACCUGUGUCAACAGACGACCAGUCCUACGCUAAGUCUUCACUGGGAGCUGAAGAAGCUGGGUUGUUGGAUAAGGUACUUGGAAUUCCCUGGGACCGUCAGCAAGAUGAGCUAGUAAUCAACAUCAGCCAAGUUUUCCAGGAAGUAGCUGAUAAGCCGCUGACCAAGAGACAAGUUAUUGCAUUGGCGUCACAAGUCUUCGACCCUGUCGGCUUCCUCUCACCCCUCGUUCUUCCCCUGAAGAAAUUCUUCCAACAGAUAUGCCGCAUCAAGAUUGCCUGGGAUGAGCAGCUAACUCCAUCAUUGCAGGAACUGUGGUCGUCUUUACUUCAAGAGCUUCAGUCGUGCCAACCAAUACGAAUCCCUCGAUGUUACUUUGCUGCUGUCCAGGGUGAUAUUCACGCCGUGGAGCUGCACGGCUUCUGUGAUGCAUCCGCCGAUGCUUAUGCUGCUGUUGUCUAUCUGGCUAUCCACACCGAGUCUGGGACCCAUGUCCAGUUUGUCACUUCGAAGAGCAGAGUGGCUCCACUUGCAUCGCAGACUAUUCCUCGGCUUGAGCUGCUGUCUGCGCUCGUCCUCGCCCGUCUGAUUGUCCGUGUUCGCAAGGCACUGGCACGUUACGUCUCUGUCAGUCGAAUCGCAUGCUGGACAGAUUCCAUGAUCGCUCUACACUGGAUCCGUGGGGACACGCGAGAGUGGAAGACCUUUGUACAGAACAGAGUGGUGGAAGUGCGAUCCCUUGUACCCAGCUCAGCGUGGUCGCACUGCCCAGGAACGCUGAACCCAGCCGAUCUACCCUCGCGGGGAGUCCAGCCAUCCAGCUUCGACGCGAAGCUGUGGCUCAAUGGUCCUCCUUGGCUGGCUGAAAAGGAGCUGGUAGCAACUGAGAGUCGGGACGAUGAUGUGGUGAUACAAGAAGCCCAUCAGGAGUUGAAGCGGCAGCCAACAACAGCCACACUUGCGACCACCACAGCCAGUCACCCCUCAAUUCAUCAAAUCAUUGACAUCGAACGCUUCAGCACAUUCAGUCGACUGGUCCGAGUGACAGCGUAUGUCCGGAAGUUCGUCACCAUCUUGCAGCUGCGUCGAACCAACACAGCAUGCCAGCCUGUCAUCUCUGCAGUUGAUCUGAAGGAGGCAGAGGCACUGUGGAUUCGUACUUGCCAAGCACAGUUAGUUGCUGAUUCCAACUUUGAGAAGUUGUCACACGAGUUUGGUAUCUUCGUCGACGAUCAAGGUAUUCGAAGAUGCGGGGGGAGAUUGCGCAAUGCCGCCCUCACCACAGCGCAGAAACAUCCAGCACUUUUGCCACGCGACCAUCCAAUCACGGCCAUGAUCGUGAGACGCUGUCAUGCUGCCGUCCUGCACAGCGGUGUCAACGAGACACUCACGGAGCUCCGGUCUACCUACUGGAUUGUCAGAGGCCGCCAGUUUGUGCGCACCAUCGUACGUGGCUGUCAGCACUGCAAGAGGGUGAACACGAAGCCGUACGCUGCAUCAACCAGUGCCCAGCUGCCUUCUGAGCGCGUAAGUGGCGAGGAGGCAUUCCGGAACGUGGGUGUUGACUUUGCUGGCCCUCUGUAUGUCAAUGAAGGCGGCAGCAAAGUCAAGGCAUAUGUAGCUCUGUUCACCUGCGCUGUGAGUCGUGCUGUCCACCUGGAGCUGGUCAGUGACCUGACAACGGAAGCCUUCAUGCGAUGCUUUCGGCGAUUUGUGGCACGUCGUGGGUUCCCGUGUUUUGUCAUCAGUGACCACGGCAAGACGUUCGAGGCAGCAGCGCGUGAGCUGUGCAGUAUCGCCCAAUCUGCUGAAUGUCAGCAGUUCUCCGCUGAACACCACAUUCAGUGGCAGUUCAAUGUGGAGAAGGCCCCUUGGUGGGGAGGCUUCUUCGAGCGACUUGUGCAAAGCGUCAAGCGUUGCCUCCGCAAAGUGUUGGGCAAUGCAUAUGUGUCUGGUGAGGAGCUGGUGACGGUGCUGGCAGAGGUCGAAUGUACCCUCAACUCCAGGCCAUUGACCUUCCUCUCUACGGAAGAAUGGACGGAGCCGUUGACGCCAUCGCAUCUGCUACUCGGCCGUCGACUUAGGUCCAUGCCAGAUGCGGAGCAUAUCCCACGUGCAGCCACAGCUGAAGUCGUACGAGAGCGAGCGGAGCACCUACAACAACUCAUACGACAUAGCUGGACUCGUUGGCGUCGUGAGUACCUGCUGGAACUAAGGAAUGCCCACCGCCAACAAUUCAAUGCCAACGCCACACCUAUUCGCGUCGGGGAUGUGGUGCUCAUCGAAGACGAGAACGCAAAGCGCCAACAGUGGCCUCUUGGCCUAGUAGUCGAGUUAAUCCCGGGUCAUGAUGGCAUUGCUCGUGCAGCGAAGGUCAAAACCGCAACACCGAAGAAAGGUAGCGUUACGCACCUGAAGAGGCCCAUCCAGCGUCUCUACCCACUCGAAGUCUGUGCCGAGGAAGCAGUCACGGUUCCGAAUCGUCAAGCACCUGAGAAUGAGCCAUUGCAAUCCGUCAGGCCACAGCGAGCGGCGGCAGUACAAGCGGCUGCGUUGCCGAUGCAGUUAAGAAACCGUGGACUAAUUUGA